AUGGUUUCAUUAUUGUUUCCAUAUGCUCCUUCGUAUUCGAAACAACAAGUAAAUUUCGUAUUCGUGACAGUAUUGCGAAAUUCUUGGCACGACAAGAGACCGGACCUGAACUUCAUUCCCGAGCAAUACACUCAGAGAGUAGGAAAUUGCUGGGCUGUGGCGUAUUAUAGGCAAUGGUAUAUGCUUAUGAGACUUAACGGAAUCCCUCUGACCGAUUUGAGCAUAGAAUCACUGAUGGAUGGAGUUUCACAGCGGCACAAAGGUCGAGGCCACGGUUUAAGAAACUUCCAAGCUGUGGCAGAUUUUAUGAAAAAGGAGGGGCAUGUGGUUGACAUGGUUCUCCAUGAGAAUCCCUUUGGAAAAUCUGAAGACGAAAGCUUUGAGAAAAAAAAUCUGGACCUUUUUGAAAAAUGGACCAGUGGCGGUGCAUAUCAAGGCCUUCUCUCACCUACGUCCGUUGAAAUUGAGAGGCAUGAGUAUGAAUUCUGCAAGACCCACCAUGCUUCAACUCUGAUGGGCCGUGGUGUCUACAUUGAAGAUGGAAAAGAACCCAAAGAGUAUUGGGAUAUCUAUGAAUCCUAUGGGCUAGACUGGGGACAGCGUGGUGACAUUCGACUUGCUCGACACGAGGGCCUCAUCAUUUCCGCUGUGGAAAUGAAGUUAAAGGCUAACUGA